AUGGCAGCUUCAGCUGCAACCAUUGGUCGAAACACGGGUGACCUCUUGCCCCGCCAUGCCGGUGAUCUCAGCAAGUGGUCCGGGCCUUUGAGCCUGCAGGAACUGGACGAGCAGCACCAGCACCCGCUGCAGGUCAAGUACUCUGGGUCGGAGGUCGACGAACUGGGCGAAGUGCUGACGCCCACCCAGGUAAAGGACCGGCCCAUCAGCAUCACAUGGGAUGGUCUUGACUCCUCAGGCAAACUCUAUACCUUGGUCUUGACAGACCCAGAUGCUCCAAGCAGGAAAGACCCCAAAUACAGGAAAUGGCAUCAUUUUCUGGUGGUCAACAUGAAGGGCAAUGACAUCAGCAGUGGCACAGUGCUAUCUGACUAUGUGGGUUCUGGGCCUCCCAAGGGCACAGGCCUUCACCGCUAUGUCUGGCUGGUUUAUGAGCAGAACAGGCAGCUGAAGUGCGAUGAACCCGUCCUCAGCAACCGGUCUGGAGACCACCGUGGCAAAUUCAAGGUGGCGUCUUUUCGCGAAAAGUAUGAGCUUGGAUGCCCAGUAGCUGGCAGAUGUUACCAGGCUGAAUGGGAUGACUAGGUGCCCAAACUUGAUGAGCAGCUGUCUGGGAAGUAGGGGAAUAGGAGACCAUCACAGCCCCCAGGAUCCCAAGCAGCGUUCUCAAGUUGAGUGACCCAUGUAGAUACCUCCUCUGCCCUGAUCCCUUCUAACAGGCAAACCCUGAGCAUUCAGUAGUGGUUAUGGGGACUUUAUCUUCUCCCUGUCCUUUGUAACUCUACAGAGUGACAUGCCCAGUUUAUGCAUUAAACUCCAUUUGGGGAGAUGUUUUGGUGUUGUGAAAGUGGAACAUCAAAUUUUUAGUUUCAUAAUCCAGAAUUUGGGGGGGGGAGUUCCCCUUAUUGAAGUAGGACAUGAAACAUCUUUAAGGAAAUUAAAAAUAAAUAAAAGAUGCCCAGUCUCUACCUUUGUGA